AUGCAUAGGGUGAAGGGAUUUUGGAUCAGUUUGGUGUGUGCAAGUGAGCUAAGUGCACUCUCUGGUGUUCUUGGGAAAAUUCAAGAAUUGCUCAAAUUUGCAGAGCAAGCUCAAGCAAAGAAUAUGUUGGUGAAACGCUGGCUUAGGUAUCUCAGAGAUGUUGGUUACCGAGCUGAGGACAUAUUGGAUGAGUUCAUCUAUGAAGCUCGUAAGGAAAAAGAUAAAAGAUAUGGAGGAAGAAAGGUACCUUUUUUUCAUUCUAACAUAAAUGAAAAUGGGAUUUUACGUAAAAAUGAAAUCGUACCUCUUAUAAAUGAUGAACUCAUAAAAGAAUUGGUGGAGAUUGAGAAGAAACUUGAAGAUCAUUAUCUCAGAGAGUUAGGAAAUUGGAAAUCACAUCGUGUUACUGAUGAAAUAGAUACUAGGCUAAAGAGUAGUUCUCUAGUUGAUGAGUCUUUUACUUUGGGGAGAAAGGAAGAUGAAGAAGUAAUAAAAAAUAAGUUGUUGUAUCUGGAUGAAAAUCAAAAACAGGUUUCAUUUAUUGCCAUUGUUGGAUUGGGGGGUGUAGGCAAGACAACUCUAGCUCAGCUUAUCUAUAAUGAUCCUGAUGUAGAGAAACAUUUUGAAAGAAGAGCUUGGGUUUGUGUGUCUACUGAUUUUAAUCUUGUGAGAUUGACCUCUGCAAUUCUAGAGUCAUUGACUGGGAAAAAUCCUGACUUGAGCAACGUAGAACCACUUCAACGUAAGUUGAGAGAGGAAUUAAGGGGGAAUCGAUUAUUAAUCGUCUUAGAUGAUGUUUGGACUGAAAAGGAUAACGAUUGGAAAGCUCUGAGAGUUGCAUUCAUGGCCGCAGGGGAAGGUGGUAAAAUAAUUGUAACAACUCGAAGUAGAAGAGUUUCUUCAAUGAUGCACCCCAUCCUGGAAGCAGUGGGUAGGAACAUUGCAAGGAAGUGCAAAGGAUUGCCCUUGGCAGCAAGUACAGUUGCAGGCAUUCUAAGCUCUGGCUCAGAUUUAAACCAUUGGGAAGAAGUCUUGAAUAGUUCCUUGUGGGACUUGGAAGAGAGCAAUUUGCCAGCUGCACUAAGUCUAAGCUAUUAUUUUCUUCCUACAAAUUUGAAGCAGUGUUUUUCUUAUUGCUCUGUAUUUCCUAAAGACUUUAAAUUCGAUAAGCAACGUCUGAUCCAACUGUGGAUCGCAGAAGGAUUUAUUAGAUGGAACACGACAAGAAUGAAAGACAAAGGUGGCCAACAGUUUGAUGAUUUGCUGCAUAGCAUUCGACGAUUACCUGAUUCAUUGUGUGAUCUUCACAAUCUACAGUCACUGAUACUCUGUCAUUCCGGUAUAAGUGAGUUGCCUAGAGGCAUGAAGUAUCUACGCAAUCUCCAGCAUUUAGACAUUUAUGGCUGCAGGUACUUAUGUUCCCUGCCACAAGAAAUUGGGAGAUUAAAUAGUCUCAAGACAUUGUCAAAGUUUCCCAUCUCAAAAGAUGAUGAUGGUUGUGGGAUAAGAGAGCUGAAGGAGCUGAGGCAGCUUGCGGGUGUGCUUUCGAUCUGCUCGCUAGAGAAUGUGAUUCAUCCUUUGGAAGCUCGGGAGGCUGAUAUGAUUAAUAAGCCGAAAAUUGAUGACUUCACAUUGUCGUGCUUUCUACGCGGUGGCGAUAGUGAUAUAGAAGAGGUUUUUGAAAGUUUGCGACCUCACACCGAGUUGAAGAGUCUACAUAUGAAUAGUUAUUAUGGUUUAACAUUUCCAAGAUGGUUGAUGAUAGAAUUGCCAAGCUACAAGCAGCUAGUCUCUCUGACACUCACCUUGUGCUGGAAAUGCCGAGUCCUCCCACCGAUUGGGGAGCUAUCCCUAUUGGAAUCUCUAUGCAUAGACAAAAUGUUUGAGUUGGAGAAGUGGUCUAGCAGCUCUAGAGGGGCGGAAACUGAAUUCCCUAGCCUCCUAAGGCUAAACAUUGAAAGCUGUUCUGCACUGAGGGUGCUACCACAACCACUUCUAUCAAGUCCGAGACUAUGUGAAUUAAGUAUCAAGAAAUGUCCAAGGCUCAGGAUGUUGCGUCAUGAUGGAGAAAGCAAACUCACCCCUCUCAAAAAUCUCCAUCUUGGGGAGGGGAUGGAAGGGCUGGUACAGUCUCUGGAUGAGACUCAAGACUUUACCUCCAAAUCUUAA